AUGCUCCAGUUCCUGGAUGGAUUUAUUUUUGGCAACCUGGUUGCAAUGUAUCUGGCUCAAAAUUAUGACAUGCCAAACCUGGCUAAAAAACUUGAAGAAAUUAAAAAGGACAUGGAUGCAAAGAAGAAACCCCCUAGUUCACGAGGCCAUCUCCAGCACUGGCUCCAGGAAAUCCUGACUCUGCUCUUCUCCAUGGCCUCCUUUACACCUGAACCAAAGCUUCUGUCUUCUGUCCAAUCUCAGCCUUUGCUUUGA